AUGUUUAAUGUAUAUUAUCGUGUGAUGAAUUUAUUAACAGUAAAUAUAAUAAAUAAUGAUCGAAAUUCAAGUUUAUUAUCAAAUACUAUAAAUUAUUAUAAAUGUUGUCGAAUUCAAGAAGACGUUUUAUUUGAUUCAGUUAAUGAAAGAGAUUAUUUUAUUUUAUUUCCUACAUGUAAAAAAACCAUUGAAGAAAAUGAAAUAAUAAAAGAUCAAUGGAAUAGAAUUAGAACAUGUGGACCAAUAUUGAGAUCUAUUAUAUUUUCUAUUCGAUUUGUUUUAAUAUUAGAUUUCAUAUUAACACUUAUUAUUAUGAUUAUAAGUAUAAAUUAUAUAUGGGAAGAUACUGAUAAAUGGAAUGAUAAUACUCAAUCAAAGCUAUUAAUAACUGAUAAUAUUAAUUAUAAAGUUAAAUAA